AUGUUGCAGCCCGCUUCCUUUGGCCUUAUGCAAGAGCGUAUACUUACCAGUCUAUAUGCUCUGUUGAUUCAAUCCAUCCUAUGGAACCAAACACAUGGUUUGCAAGCAAGGCCUAUCCUCUUCAAGAUUUUGACCCUGUACCCGACUCCUGCCGCCCUUUCGUUAGCACCAGUCGAAAUACUUUCACAGCUGUUGCAGCCCAUCGGUCUGCAAAACAUCCGCGCCGCUCGUCUCAUUGCGUUUGGCAAAACAUGGGUGGAAGCCCCCCCAUGCGCGACACGGCGGUAUCGAAAGUUAAACUACCCUACACGCGGGUCUGGCAAAAAUAUCCGUCCCGGAGAGAUUUUGGCAACAGAUGAUGCAAGACAAGGUUGGGAAGUGGCGCAUCUGCCUGGAAUGGGGCCCUAUGCCCUGGAUAGCUACAGGAUCUUCUACCGAGAUCAGCUGAGAGACUUGGAGGGCAGAGAAGGUGUUGAGCCUGAAUGGAUGAGGGUUGUGCCAGGGGACAAAGACUUAUCAGCGUAUUUAGUGUGGAAGUGGCAGCAGUACGGAUGGGAUUGGGACGCGCAUACUGGCAAGCGAACCUUAAUGACUGCCUCCAAGAUACGUGAGGAGACAGAUUAA